UGUUGGUAUUUGAGGUUCCCGUUUCUUAGUUCUGAACUUUCAAAUCGAACUUAGUAGGUAGUUGGGAAAUUUCAUGAUUUUUUCUUCCGUUUUAACUACCUAUGUAUUUCUUGCUAUCUCCUUCAACUUCUUGCCUUUUGCCCUUCUGUCUUGAGUCCAAUGUGGCAGUUAAGACGAGUGCCAAUGCUUACAUAACGUCCUGGACUCACCGCUUACCCCUGCAAUGACGUCGUAUCAAAGAGAGUUGUUUCCGCAUGCGAAGGUCUCAUCACAACUUGGGAGCUGAAUUGAAGGUCAAGAUUGAAAGACAAGUAGUGGCCAAGGGCGCGGUUCUGAAACUACCUGCCCCUCGCAUAUUCUCUUAGCCUUUUAUGUAGCGCACCAUGGAUUCGGUAUCAACCUACAGCGUCGCCAGCCUCGCCUGGCUCACCACCCAAGCCGUCCCCCUCAUAAUCUGGCCCUCCCUGAUCAGCACCCUCCUCCAAGUCGACGGCCCGGCUCAAGGGGGGGAGUACUGCGCCGCCUAUAGCUCCCUCGAGCAGUACUUCUCCCGCUCCCUUGGCCUCGCCCAGCUCGCCCUCGGCAGCCUGCUGCUCAUCCUCUCGGGCGCCCUCCCGCUCGACUCAACCGCCGGCCAAGCCCCGGAUCCAUCCGCCCCAACCGGCACCGCCUCGGCGGCGGUGCUAGUGACGUCCCUCUACCACGCGGCGACGGCGUCGUACUCGUGGGCGCGCUACCACCGGCGGGGCACGGGCGGCCAGCUGGCCUACCUGCUCGGGUGCGUGGGGAGCAGCGCGCUGGCGGUCUUUGGGCUGUGGGUGCUCAUGUUCGCGGGCGACGCGAAGCGGCGGGUGAGCCGGCGGACGGGCGCCGAUAAGAGCACGAGCGGGUGGCCGUUCCGCAACGCCGAGGCGGAUAAGAAGAAGAUGAAGAAGGGGGCGCGGGCGCAGUGAUUAGAUGGUGGUGGUGUGGUGGCUUGAGGUGUGUGUUGUCAGCGUGGUGGGCGGAGAGGCGGGUUGUGAAGGAAUCUAUGUUUUUUGAUAACUAUGUGUUGUGUUGGGCAAUAAUGAGUUGUCCUUGCGUCUAUCGAAGGAUAUUAACAAGCGCUUGAUUUUGUAGGCGGCGAAAGGGGGCACACUCGCGCCCUCGUCGUCGCCCCACAGCAGCGCUCCCACC